UCAUGGAGGAUUAGAGGGUUGAAUGGUACAUCACAUACCUAGCUCAUCCUCGUGGCUUUCUGGUGAUUUAUUUCCACCUAGGUAGGUAGCCUUUAGUCUUAAUCUCUCAAGCGCCUACAUGCCUAGAAUUAAAGUAUUUCUGUAGUAGAGGCUUUGAAUCAUAACAGAACAGCUAGUUUGCUGUCUGUGGCUGUGGACAUCUCUUAACAGCGCCUGGCUUUUCGGCCAUUGGCAAUGGCAUCUUCAUCGGCAAUUCUCGCUCGGGGACGAGUCCGCUUACCCUCCAGGAUCGAGCCACAAUGUCUUUGUUCCCAAUCAACAAUGUUAACUGGUAUACGAGGGUCUACGCGCCAUUUUGCGGCGAGUUCAAGGGCCUCCUUCCAGAAUUCGAGGCGUAUGUUCCAGAACCGAGAACGCUUCGGGUCAAGGCUUCGGCAUGCCCUUAACGACAAUAAGAUUAAAUGGUAUCCCAUACCAGUGGGGCUAGGCAUAGGAUUCCUGGGAUUUUUACAGUUCUAUAAGACGCAGGCGCGGGAAAGAGAAAGACUUGAAAGAGAAGGAUCCUCUGAAGAAGGGCCACGACCCAAGAAGCGGCCGAGAGUGCGCCCAGAUGGACCAUGGCAAGUCCAAAUCAUGUCCACUCUACCUCUCAAGGCCAUGUCGAGAUUAUGGGGCAGGUUCAACGAGCUCACAAUACCGUAUUACCUACGGGUACCUGGCUUUAAAUUAUAUUCCUUUAUCUUUGGAGUAAACCUGGACGAAGUAUCAGAGCCGGACCUUCACGUGUAUCCUAAUUUAGCUUCCUUCUUCUACCGAACCCUAAAGCCUGGUGUACGGCCACUAGCUUCAGACUCCAAUGCACUGUUGUCCCCCUCAGACGGCCGUGUUUUACAGUUUGGAAAAAUCGAAGGCAAUGAUAUUGAACAAGUGAAGGGUAUGACAUACACCGUCGAUGCGCUUUUAGGAAAGCACACACAAGCGUCGAGUGCGUCAAGCACGAAGCCUGGAUUGAAUGCCCAAAGCUCGCGACAGCGUCGUGCCGAGAAAGAGCAAAGCGGCGAUGAUGAACUAGUUAAGGCCGAUGAAGAGUUCGCUCGUGUGAACGGCAUCUCGUAUACGAUACCUCAUCUGCUUUCGGGCGGUCCUAAAGAGAACCACGAGAAUCCCAAGAUUGAGGACCAAAGCGCGGUUCACUCUAGCCCGGGUGCUGUCUCCGAGGUGAGAGCCGACCUCGCACUCGCUGAAAAGCCUUGGUAUGCCCCUGGCGGAAAAACUUCCCUCUAUUAUGCUGUCGUCUACCUCGCGCCUGGUGAUUACCACCGCUUCCACUCUCCAGCCAAUUGGGUCGUCGAGCGUCGCCGUCAUUUUGCCGGCGAGCUUUACUCGGUGUCGCCGUACCUACAACGCACGUUGCCCGGACUCUUCACGCUGAACGAGCGAAUCGUACUUCUCGGGCGUUGGCGUUGGGGCUUUUUCUCCUAUACUCCGGUCGGUGCCACCAACGUUGGCUCUAUCACGGUGAACUUCGAUAAGGAGUUACGGACUAACUCGCUUUUGACGGACACCGCCGCUGAUCGUGCGGCUGAGGAAGCUUCAGCUCGGGGCGAGCCCUACAGCGGCUUCGCUGAGGCUACGUAUUCUGACGCUAGUGCCGUCCUCGGCGGCCAUGCGCUGCGACGCGGGGAAGAGAUGGGAGGGUUCCGGCUUGGAAGCACGAUCGUGCUCGUAUUCGAGGCACCGGUCGGCGAUCAAGCCGGCGGCAAGCGUGGGUUCUAUUGGGCUAUUGAGAAGGGUCAGAGGGUCAAAAUGGGCCAGGCGCUUGGUCAUGUCGAAGAAUAGGAACAUGCGCGCCACUAUUACAUAGAGGCCCCCGCUGUAAAUACUGUAGAACUGUUCGGGCAAGAAAUGUACCAAUAUAUACCAUGUAGAUUCUUUUAGACCUUCAUCUCAGGUGAUUUUAGCCCUCUCU